AUGAUGUCCGGUGACGUCACGCACUUUCGCUCGCGCUGUGUCCGCACGAGCGCCGCGCGCACUGCUCCAGUCUCGCGCUGGGCUCACUCCUCCGCGAGCCCGCGUCUGCACAACUACUACUACUACUACUACUGCUACUACUACUGCUACUGCUACUACCACCACAUCUACGGGGGGAGGGAGCCACACCGCACACCAGCCGAGACAGCCGGGACAGAAUGGGGACUAUGCUCUCGCCGUCUCUGGAGGACUAAAAAAAACUACCCACAAACUUGUAUCGCGGACCGGAGCCACAGCGGAGAAAGUCGCAGGCUUAUUCCAACAGGAAGCUGCACAUUCGACGAAGGCUUCUCUCAGUGUGAUUAUCAACAGGAUCCGUACGACGACUUUGAUUGGACUCACAUCAACACACAGGAAGUGCCAUAUGUGUCACCUGACCUGCCAGCAGGCUCCUACAUGUUUGUGGACGUAUCUCAGUACGACGCGGGGGAGAAGGCACGGUUUCAGCUUCCGGUCAUGAAGGAGAACGACACUCACUGCAUCGACUUCAACUAUCUCCUGACCAGUCAAGACGGCUCCAGCCCGGGAACCCUCAACAUCCUGGUCAAGGUGAACAAGGGCCCCCUGGCGAACCCAAUAUGGAAUGUGACCUCCUACACGGGUAAAGGCUGGCUGAAGGCCGAGCUUGCCGUCUCCACGUUUUGGCCAAAUGAAUAUCAGGUCAUUUUUGAAGCAGAGGUCUCGGACAGCAAAGUGGGCUUCAUCGCCGUGGAUGACAUCCAGGUGCUCAGCUACCCGUGUGAUAAGUCCCCUCACUUCCUGCGGCUCGGGGACGUGGAGGUGAACGCCGGGCAGAACGCCACCUUUCAGUGCAUCGCCACGGGACGAGACACAACCAACAACAAGCUGUGGCUGCAGAGGAGGAAUGGAGAGGAUAUCCCGGUGGCUCAGACCAAGAACAUAAACCAUCGCCGUUUUGCGGCUUCCUUCCACCUGAACGAGGUGACAAGCCAGGACCAGGACCUGUACCGCUGUGUGACCCAGUCUGACCGUGGGUCAGGGGUCUCCAACUUUGCUGGACUCAUUGUCAGAGAGCCCCCACACCCCAUUGCCCCCCCACAGCUCUUGGGAGUCGGCCCCACCUACCUCCUGAUCCAACUCAACGCCAACUCCAUUUUCGGAGACGGGCCUAUUAUCCUGAAAGAGGUGGAGUACCGCAUGACCUCCGGCACCUGGACGGAGACCCACGCCGUCAACUCUCCCAAUUAUAAACUGUGGCAUCUGGACCCGGACACGGAGUACGAGAUCAGGGUUCUGCUGACGCGGCCCGGGGAAGGAGGCACCGGGAAAGCAGGACCUCCUCUCAUCACCAGGACCAAAUGUGCAGAGCCGAUGCGGACCCCGAAGCGCCUGAAGAUUGCUGAGACCCGGUCUCGACUGAUCGCGGUGGACUGGGAGUCUCUGGGCUACAACAUCACACGCUGCCACACCUUCAACGUCACCAUCUGCUACCACUACACAACCGCCAGCAACCACAGCAAGGCCGACUGCCUGGACAUGGACCCCAAGGCCCCGAGACACAUAGUUGGAAGCCUCCCUCCUUACACCAACGUGAGUCUGAAGAUGAUUUUGACCAAUCCCGAAGGACGCAAGGAGAGCGAUGAGACUAUCAUUCAAACGGACGAGGAUGUCCCAGGACCUGUCCCCAGCCAGUCUCUGAAGGCCACUCCCUUUGAGGACCGCAUUCUUCUGAUGUGGAAAGAACCAGCGGAGCCCAACGGCGUCAUCAUACAGUAUGAGCUCACCUACAGUGGACUGCGAUCCUACGACCCGUCUGUCCCCCUUCAGAGGCCGGGGAUUACGGUGUCUCUGCCCUCCAACGCCUCUCAUCACCUGCUCUCGCUGCUGCACCCUGGGGUCACGUACUUGCUAUCCAUCCGAGCGUCCACCUCCAGAGGCUUUGGGCCCGCCACCACUCUCAAUGUCACCACCAACAUCUCUGCUCCGACUUUAGAGGAAUACGAUGGAUCGGAGGCCUUUCUAAACGAAACGGCAACUACAAUUACAGUGUUGCUGAAGCCCGCCCAGGCCAAAGGGGCGCCUAUAAGUGCGUACCAGAUCGUGGUGGAGGAAGUGAACCCGCAGCGCUCUCGUCGUCAGGCGUCUUCUGACUGCUACGAGGUGCCUGUGUCCUACCACACCUCAUCCACCGGUGGAUCUCCGUACUACUAUGCUGCCCAGCUGGCCCCCAGUCACCUGCCCGAGCCUCUUCCCUUUACUGUGGGGGACAACAAGACGUACCAGGGUUUCUGGAAUCCCCCGUUGGCUCCGAGAAAGAACUAUAACAUUUACCUUCAAGCUGUGAGCAGCACUGAAAGGGAGACUAAAACCCAGUGUCUGCGGCUCGCAACUAAAGGUGCUACAGAAGAGCCAGAGGUCAUCCCAGACCCUGAAAAACGGGCCGACCGUGUGGUGAAAAUAGCAGGCAUCAGCGCUGGCGUUCUGGUCUUCAUUCUCUUAGUGCUGGUCGCCAUCCUCCUGGUCAAGAAGAGGAAACUGGCAAAAAAACGCAAAGACGCCAUCGGGACGACACGCCAGGAGAUGACACACAUGGUGAAUGCAAUGGACCGUAGCUAUGGCGACCAGAGCACACUCCACGGCGACGACCCCAUGGCUGUCACCUUUAUGGACAGUCACAACUACAACAACAGAUAUGAGAACCACACAGGGUCAGCAGCGGAGAACAGCAGGCUCCUAGACGUACCGCGGUACCACUGCGAAGGCACCGAGUCCCCCUACCAGACAGGCCAGCUGCACCCUGCCAUCAGGGUGGCCGACCUGCUGCAGCACAUCAACCUCAUGAAGACCUCCGACAGCUACGGCUUCAAGGAGGAGUACGAGAGUUUCUUUGAGGGCCAGUCCGCCACUUGGGAUGUGGCUAAGAAGGAGCAAAACCGCACCAAGAACCGCUAUGGCAACAUCAUAGCCUAUGAUCACUCUAGGGUCAUCCUCCAGCCCAUAGAAGAUGACCCCUCCUCUGACUACAUCAACGCCAACUACAUCGAUAUUUGGCUGUACAGGGAUGGUUAUCAGAGACCAAGCCACUACAUCGCCACUCAAGGUCCAGUUCAUGAGACGGUUUACGACUUCUGGAGGAUGACAUGGCAGGAGCAGUCUGCCUGCAUUGUCAUGGUAACCAAUCUGGUGGAGGUCGGCAGGGUGAAGUGUUACAAAUACUGGCCAGACGAUGCUGAGGUCUAUGGGGAUUUCAAAGUGACGUUUGUGGAAGUGGAGCCUCUCGCUGAAUAUGUCGUCCGAACAUUCACUCUGGAGCGGCGUGGUUUUAACGAGGUGCGUGAAGUGAAGCAGUUCCACUUCACUGGCUGGCCUGAUCACGGCGUUCCGUAUCAUGCCACAGGACUACUUUCCUUCAUUCGCAGAGUGAAGAUAUCAAACCCCCCCUCAGCCGGGCCCAUCGUCGUCCACUGCAGCGCUGGGGCCGGGCGGACAGGCUGCUUCAUUGUCAUCGACAUCAUGCUGGACAUGGCGGAGCGUGAAGGAGUAGUGGACAUCUACAACUGUGUCAAAGCCCUGCGCUCUCGGAGGAUCAACAUGGUACAGACUGAGGAGCAGUACAUAUUCAUCCAUGACGCCAUCCUGGAGGCCUGUCUGUGCGGGGAGACGGCCAUACCUGUGUGUGAGUUCAAAGCCGCGUUUUACGAACUCAUCCGCAUUGACUCCCAAACCAACUCCUCACACCUGAAGGAUGAGUUCCAGACCUUAAACUCAGUGACGCCGCAGCCACAGCCUGAAGACUGCAGCAUCGCUUUGUUGCCUAGAAACCAAGACAAGAACCGGUUCAUGGACGGCCUCCCCCCAGACCGGUGCCUGCCCUUCCUGAUCACCAUAGACGGAGAGAGCAGCAACUACAUCAACGCCGCUCUGAUGGAUAGCUACAGACAACCUGCAGCAUUCAUUGUUACCCAGCAUCCUUUGCCAAAUACUGUCAAAGAUUUCUGGCGUCUGGUGUACGACUACGGCUGUACGAGUCUUGUGAUGCUGAACGAGAUCGACUUAGCACAGGGAUGCCCGCAAUACUGGCCAGAGGAGGGCAUGCUACGGUACGGCCCGGUCCAGGUCGAGUGCAUGUCCUGCUCCAUGGACUGUGAUGUCAUCAGUCGGCUCUUCAGAGUGUGCAACCUCACCAGGCCUCAGGAGGGCUAUCUCAUGGUCCGUCAGUUUCAGUACCUCGGCUGGGCGGGGCAUAGAGAAGUCCCUGCCUCUAAGCGCUCUUUCCUCAAGCUGAUUCUGCAAGUGGAUCAGUGGCAGCGCGAGGGAGAGGAGGGGGAGGGGAGGACCAUCGUGCACUGUCUAAACGGCGGUGGGAGAAGCGGCGUGUUCUGUGCCUCCAGCAUCGUGUGUGAAAUGGCCAAGAGACAGAGUGUGGUGGAUGUGUUCCACGCGGUUAAGACCCUGAGGAACAGCAAGCCCAACAUGGUGGACACUCCGGAGCAGUACCGUUUCUCCUACGACCUGGCGCUGGAGUUUAUCGAGUCGUCUUCGUAA